CAAGCUAGAUCCAACACCACAAUAAGAUCACUCAGAUUAUCACACACAUAUAUAUACAUACAGCUAUAUAUAUCAAUUAUAUAAACCUGCUGCUUCAUCAGAAACCUUGUGACUUUGGCCUAACUUUACACAUUAAUUUAAAAGCUUUCUUUUUUCUUCUUUUUUUUUUGUUAUAAAAAACUUUUUUUCACUGACAUGUCCUUCCUUCCACCUGAACCCAUGUUUUUUGGCUAUGAAGAAGACCACCAAUCUCCUCAUGAUUUCCAAGGUGUACAAACACUAUUAAUGAGAAGAUCUAUGUCGUAUUCCGGGAUGGAAAGGUGCGAAGAAACACGUGGCGGGACAGCGGACGAUGACAUGUCAGAAGACGAUGGAUCGCAGCUCGGGGAGAAAAAAAGAAGGCUGAAUUUGGAACAAGUGAAAGCACUUGAAAAGAGCUUUGAGCUAGGAAACAAACUAGAACCUGAAAGAAAGACUCAAUUGGCUCGAGCUCUUGGGUUGCAGCCAAGGCAAGUGGCUAUAUGGUUCCAAAACAGAAGGGCUAGAUGGAAGACAAAACAAUUGGAGAAAGAUUAUGAUGUGUUAAAGAGACAAUUUGAGUCCGUUAAGGCCGAUAAUGAUGCCCUCAAGAACCUAAACAAGAAACUUCAUGCAGAGUUGUUAGCUGUAAAAGGUGGAGAAUCAAAUGGGAUCAGACCCAUAAAUCUAAACAACAAAGAAACAGAAGGAUCAUGGAGUAAUGGGAGUGAAAACAGCUGUGAUCUCAACAACACAGUAACAGGCACCAUGACGCCAUCAGAAGAAAUAAGCCCAAUUUUCUACACUCAAAUUUCAAACAAUAAUAUCUACCACCCUACCAUGACGUCAUCCAUUGGCCCGAAUUCAUCGGGCCUAACACAACUCCUACAAAACCACCCUUCCACGACGGAUCUCCUAAGCCAGCGGUUAAACCAAACCGCUGGUAACGAAGGCUUUUGUAACAUGUUUAAUGGUAUCGAAGAUCAACCGGCUUUUUGGCAAUGGCCAGAACAGCAUCCUCAACAUCUUCAUUGAUCAAAUUAAAGUCCAAAAAAAAAAAUCACUUUUUUUUUUUCCGUUUUCGAAUUUGAUACAAGCAGCACCCUUUUUGCAAUUUAUUUGGUGUAUAGAAUUGAAUUAAUUAAUUAUGUGCAUUUUGUUUUUUAAUUAUUUAAGAGGUGGAAAUGAAAAUGAAAAUACCAUAUAUGAUCAAUUUGUUGUCA